UUUCUUAUACCUCUAUAUUAUACGAAAUCUUCUACGUAUAAUUGUUUCACUACCAAGGGAACCAGUCCAAUAAGCUCCCAGAUUAAAAUCGGUUAGCAUGUCGCAGACAGCUAUAGAGUUGAUUGCUCCAGCUGCGGUCCAUGAUACUCCCAAAUCUUCACAUCUGGUUAUACCGGCCUUAGGAACUCGCAGUACAGAGAAUGUCACCAGCCAUGGCGUCCAUCGGGAUCCGGAUGAUAGUAGUGAUGAAGAGGUAGUCAGCACGUUUACUGUACCGGUUGUCUCCAAGGGAAAGGCAGCAGUUAUUAUUGCUUCAGCCUCGAGCAUGGUUCUGAUGAACUCCGUGUUGACUGGUAUACUAACCGUGGGGCUACCAGUCAUUGCAGCUGAUAUUGGACUUGCGGAUAGCUUGCUUCUAUGGCCGGCGUCGGUUUAUGGAUUGACCUGCGGAUGUACCCUUCUCUUGUCCGGAUCUAUUGCGGAUGUAGUUGGUAGUCGGCCAGUAUACCUUGCUGGGUGUGGAAUCCUAUCUGCCUUUACAUUAGGGUGUGGCCUUGUAAAGACUGGUAUCCAGCUUAUUAUGUUCCGCGCCAUAUCUGGGAUCGCCAUGUCUUUGUGUCUGCCUAGUGCUGUGAGCAUCAUCACCGCUGCAUUUGCGCCGGGUGGUAGAAGGAAUAUAGCCUUUGCAUGUCUGGGUGCAGCGCAGCCUGUGGGGUUCUCGCUCGGAAUAGUCCUGGGUGGCGUUCUAAUUGCCAGUAUUGGCUGGAGAUAUGGGUAUUUCAUCGGUGCCGGUGUCAAUGUCCUGAUCCUCAUUGUUGCGUACUGGCAGAUUCCUGCGGAUCCUCGAAAAGUUGUUCCCGUAACAUGGAGGAGACUAAAAACCGAGAUUGACUGGGUUGGAACCCUUCUGAUUAGUGCAUCCCUGGGGCUAUUCUCCUAUGCAUUGUCAACUAUCAGCGUAUCAAUCCGCGAGUUGGCUAAGCCAGGCAACUCCGUCACCCUAGCUCUCUCCGCCAUCUGUUUAGUAGGAUUCGUUUACUGGAUCCAUCGUCAAGAGCGACUCGGGCGCGUUGCCAUGGUCCCUCCAAAUCUCUUCAAGUCCUCGGUCAAUGCUCCCCGUCGAGCCCGGAACUUCACCUGUGUCUGCAUCUCGGUUUUUUUCACCUGGGCCUUUUUCAACUCCUUCCAGUUCUUUACCACUCUCUACUUUCAGCAACUCCAAGGAAGCUCAGCCCUGAUGGCCUCUAUCCGGUUUAUUCCCAUGGUUAUAUCAGGCCUCGUCACUAAUAUCGUCACUGGAUUCCUCGUCAAGCGCGUUUCAGCUGACAUACUCUGCACUUGUGCAGCCGUAGCGUCUUCAAUUGCACCCUUACUUAUGGCUCUUGCCAAGCCGGAAUGGAAUUACUGGACAGCACCAUUUUUCGCUACUAUUCUCAUCCCCAUCUCUGCUGACACACUUUUUACUGUGUCGAACCUUGUGAUUACCUCUGCGUUUCCUCCAAAAACCCAUGGCCUGGCCGGUGGAGUGUUCAACACUAUAUCUCAAAUCGGCAUGUCCGUUGGUCUCGCCAUAACUGCCGUCGCCGCUAACUCUGUUGUGGAGCAUAAUUUACCACACUCAGACAGGCAUACUGCCUUGCUCAAGGGAUACCGAGUCACCUACUGGAUCUCCUUUGGAGCUGCAGUAAUGAUUGUUGGAUUAAGUCUAUGGGGCUUAAGAAGUAUUGGCAAAAUUGGACUGAAGAGGGAGUAG